AUUUAAUUAAUGAAAAAGGGAGCACCAAAAUAUUAAAACAAAAUUGGAUUCAAAAUGAGAUUUCAUGAUCAUUACACAGAGAAGAUAUAGAAUGCCUCAUUAGACAGGUAUACUUCUAAUAUUAAUUUAGAUUAUGUGAAUUAUGUUUAGCUUAAAUCUAAUGGAAAAUUAAAUAUGGUAAAUAUAAGACUCCUCAUGAUUUAUCAAGAUGUUCUAAAUGUGAAAAGAAAAAUAUCUUUAAGGCAUAUAGAAGAUUAUGUGAUGUAUGUUCUGAUGAAUUGAAACAAUGUUCAAAAUGUACAGAACCUAUUGAAAUUAAUGAUGAAAGUUCAAGUGGAGAAGAAAUGGAUGAAACAUUAAAAUGCUUAAGAGAAAGAUCAAAAAGAACUAUUCUUAGAAAACUUGAAAAAGGUAAUAAUGUAUUUUUAUUCUAGGGGAUAUUUCAUGGGAUAAACAUAAUAAAAAGUUUAUAGAUAAUGACACUGGAGAAUAAAUUAUUGUUCAAUUCAAAAAAGACUAUAUUGAUGAAGAAGAUGAACAAUUAUGGGAGGAUAAUAAUAGUGAUGAUGAUGAUGAUGAUGAUGAUGAUGAUGAUGAUGAUGAAAAUUUAGAAAAUAAUAAUAAUAAACAUUCAAAAAAAGAUACUUAAAUCUAAUAUAAAUAAAAAAUACAAAAUAAAUAGAAGUAACAAUAAAAAUUAUAAAAAACUAAAAAAGUUUAAUCAAGUGAUGAUGAAUCAUUUAGUAAUGAUUCAGAUGAUGAAGAUCAAUUCAAAUAAACUCAAUAAACAAUACAAAAAGAACCAUCUGUUUAUUCUGAUGGAUCAAAUGAAUAAGAAAAAAUAAUUAGAAAAGAAAAAAAUUUUAGAUUUUAUUUUAAUGAGAAAUUUCAGUUAGAAUAAGAUGAAUGA